AUGGGAAUCGGUUUGUUAAACAGGAUGAGUGUAUGCAAAUGCUCUCGUGGAAGUUCAAACUUGUUAAGUCCACACGAGCUUCAGCGAGCUGAUCGUGAGAAGCAAAAACGCAGAGCAAGAAACAGAGCUGAAAGAGAGUCGACUUCUGAGGUCGAGUUGCGAGAAGCCGACUCUGCGCCUGAUACAAUGGCUGACAACGCCGGAGGAGCUCCUCCACCGGGAGUGAAUCCACCACCAGAAGGAUUCCGGUUCAUGCUCAACGUCCGGCGCGACUAA